AUGGGACUCGUUCGCUCGAGAGAUGCGUUUUUCAUGGAAGGCAACUCAACGUCAAAAAUACGCAUUUUAGAUGCUAGUUUACUCAUAAGAAGAGCAAAAAUAAGCCCUGCAGUGUUACUCGAACAUACGAGAAUGCUGAGUAAAACAACCGCCAAGUAUCCUCUGACGCGAGUCGAAAUUAAAACAUUUACGAUUCACGCCGGAGUGGUAGAAGAAUCGAUUGAUAACGCGAUACUCGGGCAACUUCCGAAGCGAGUAAUAGUUGGAUUCGUCGAUAACAAAGCGUUUAACGGCAACAGAAAGUUAAAUCCAUUUAAUUUCAAAAAUUACGGCAUAAAUUUCUUCUCGCUAUAUGCCGAUGGCGUGCAAAUUCCGAGCAGACCGCUGCAAUCGAAUUUCUCAAAAGACCAUCCGCUCUACGUCGAGGCUUAUAACACCCUCUUCUCAGGAACCGGCAUCCAUUUUCUAAACGAGGAGAAUUCUAUAAACAGAGAAGAUUAUGUCAAAGGUUUCACGCUUUUCGCUUUCGAUCUCCCGAUCUGUCGACAAAUUGCGUAG